GAUGAUAUGUUAUCAAAAGGCGUCGACUAAUAAAAGGCAUCUAGUGCUGUUGUGGGCAGAAGCCGAUAACCAUUCAACCAAAAUUAAAAAUUAAUUCAAUUGAAAAAAGCGCCUGUGUAGUGUAACCUGAUUGUAUGUUCUGAUUUGGUUGGGACAGACUACCGGAACUUGUGAGUUAUUUUCCCCGCGCUGUAUCACACUUUAGCAUCUAACUAAACGCACAUGGGUGUUUUAAGAAUUGAGGUUAAGUACGUGACGUAUCGUUCGACCGCGCGGUGGAAGUUAUGUAUUCACAUCACGUUUUAACUUGUGAUAAGAAUUUGUCACACAGUAGGUGGCACUUUGUGUCCUCGUUCUACAUAUUCGCCUGCCCCUCGAGAUGAAGUACGGUGCGUUGUUCGUCGCGGUGUUUUGCACGGCGCUGACCGGAGUGGUGGGUCUCGAGAAUGGAGUGGCGCGCACGCCCCCAAUGGGGUGGCUGUCCUGGGAGAGGUUCAGGUGCAACACGGACUGCAAGAACGAUCCGGAGAACUGCAUCAGCGACCGCCUGUUCCGGACCAUGACGGACCUGGUGGUUUCGGAAGGCUACGCGGCCGCCGGCUACCAGUACAUUAACAUAGACGACUGUUGGCUGGAGAAGGAGCGCAACUUCCGCGGGGAGCUGCAGCCCGACAGGGAGAGGUUCCCCUACGGCCUGCGGAACCUCGCCGACUAUGUUCAUGCAAAAGGUCUCAAGUUCGGCAUCUACGAGGACUUUGGGAACUACACGUGCGCCGGCUACCCGGGCAUCCUGGGCUACCUGGAGACGGACGCCAACACCUUCGCCAGCUGGGACGUGGACUACGUGAAGCUGGACGGCUGCUACUCCCACCCCCGCGACAUGGACCGCGGUUACCCUGAGUUCGGCUACCACCUGAACCGCACGGGGCGGGCAAUGGUGUACUCUUGCAGUUGGCCGGUCUAUCAGAUAUACGCCGGCAUGGCGCCAAAUUUUACAUCCAUUAUAGAGCACUGCAACUUGUGGCGCAAUUUCGACGACAUCCAGGACUCGUGGUCCAGUCUGGAGAGCAUCAUCGACUACUACGGGAACAACCAGGACGUGAUCGUGCCGAACGCCGGGCCCGGCCACUGGAACGACCCGGACAUGCUGAUCAUCGGUAACUUUGGGCUGAGCUACGAGCAGUGCAAGACGCAGAUGGCCCUGUGGGCGAUCCUGGCGGCCCCCCUGCUCAUGUCCGUGGACCUGCGCACCAUCCGGCCCGAGUACAAGGCCAUCCUGCAGAACAAGAAGAUCAUCGCUGUCGACCAGGACCCGCUGGGCUUCCAAGGUCGCAGGAUCUACAAGCACAACGGCAUUGAGAUAUGGGCCCGUCCCAUUACUCCGGUGCAACAGAACUACUUCUCGUACGCCGUGGCGUUCCUGAACCGCCGGACGGACGGGACUCCCUCGGACGUGGCCGUGACGCUGAAGGAGCUGGGCCUGGUUUACCCCGGCGGCUACGUUGUCGAGGAUCUGUACGAAAACGUGAAUUAUGGGCUUCUAACACCAUCAACCAAAAUCAAGGUCAAAGUCAAUCCUUCAGGUGUUGUGAUCCUCCGCGCUGACUUGCAGCCGUCGUUUCAGAAGUACCGCCCGGUGUUCCCGCCUCAGAGCACGUACGAUCCCUAUCAAGUGUUCCAGGUGCAACGAAACUAUUUCUAGUGUUUGAAAUGUGUAUAAUGUGUGCAGAAAUGUUCCCAGUGAGAUCGAGAAAGACUACCAUCAUUCCAUUGUUAUAUAUUCACGGUAUGUGUGUGUGUGUUUGUGUGGAGUAAAUUAAUUUUUUUUUUUUAAAUAUAUUUAGUGUAUUGUAAAAUCAAAUUCAAGUAACCAGUAUAGUGCCAAACACUUUCCAGUAUACAGAAAUGUAUUUAUUAAACUGUUUAUGAGCUAUCCCUCACUUCUUUGGUGCAGAUGACGACAUAGUCGGUAAUUAAGUAUCUUUCUUAUGUUUUAUUUUUACAACAUGAGUUAUUGUUUGCUGCACAAGUGAGUGUAUAAUACUUGCUCUCUUGAAUUAAUUAAUCUAUUAUUAUAGCUUUUUUUAUAAUAAGUGUGAAUUUCUGCACAAAUUGAUGAAAAAUAAUUACGUAGUAGUAUAUUUGUGUGGCAGAAGUUUAUAGUUGCAACAGUAAAGCAAUGUCGACCUCAUGGUUUGAAAAAUUUAAUUCAAAAUCUGCAGUGUAACCUGGGUGGUUCUUAAAUCCACCCUUUAAGAGCACUAUACACCUGGUCUGCCGAGAUGUCUAAGUGAGACAGCCCUGGAGUAUUAAGGGUGAAGCUUGCACGUGAAACUGGCAUGCAGUGUUUUCUAUGGAGUCUUGUCUCAGUUUGCUACAUGUCCUCAUUCAACUAGGCCUGUGCGACACUUCAAGCUGAGGGGAAUCAAUCAAAGAUCUUUUUAAUAUUCAAUUUGACUUCACCAGGAAAUUUGUUAUUCAUUUUAUUUGAAGCUUCGGUUGUUAUGCAAAGAUUUGCGUCUGCCAUGAAAAUUCGCAAAGCCUAAAAAAACAUUGGAAGCCUAAGAUAUGCUCAUGACCAUAUAUAAUUUUUUUUAGUGUUGUAUAUGUUUUGCUUGAAUAAAUUGGUUACUUAAAAAAUCAAAAGAAGGCGCUCUGUUUGCUUUUAUGAAUGCUCAAUAUUGAUAUUAUGCAUGGUUAUUUCAUAAUUUUUGUGAAUGUUGUUAUAUAUAGGGCUCACUUGGUGAGUUCUAACAUUACAAAUGUGUAACUUUUUUUUUCUAUUUCAGUCUUCUAUUUUGUCAAAUAAGUGUAAUACAUUUUCGUCGCGAGUUAAUAUUCACAUUUCGAUUCGACUUUGCGAAUAAUUUAAACAUUCGAUUUAAUACUUGCUUCACAUAAAAAAAGGAUUAUUUGCACAGGCCUACAUUCAUUGUUUGAGAUUGUGUGUCAAACAUAGCAUCCUUAAAAAUGAUGGUGAAGGCAAUAGAUGAGACAUUUUCACUUGGAUAAAAAUUAUACUAUAUUAUAAUACUAUAAUACUAUGUGAACAGUUUCUUACAUGCUAUUAAUAAAUGAUAAUAGAGUAUUAAAAAAACUCAUAAAUCUGUAAGUUUUUAAAUUGAAUGCUGUCUACUAAAUCUUGUCACAAUUCUUAGCAGCCAGGUGUGAAGGUCUCUUGUUUGUAGUUGUGGGUUAAUUAAUACAUUAUAGUUAUCAUAAUACAGUAUAUAGCUUCUGGGGUGUUGUUUGAAUAUGAUUCCUUUUGUGUCAUUGACACUUGUGUGAUCUCUUAAUUGUGUUGGCAGCAUUAGACCCAUAAAUGAGCAGGAAUCAAUUGUGUGGGUUGAUGGUCAGUAUGUAAGGAAUACAGGAAACACGUGCCAGAACCAUGUUUCAGUGAAGGAAAGGUUCAACUUCAUUAAAAAUAAUUUGUUAGUUGAAAAUGAAACAAAUGAAAUGAGAAAUGUGCAUCUCUGGCUUGUGGCAGGGUUUACAUGGAUGAGGUAAGGGGAGGCAGGUCAGGGACAGAUUGUAUUUGGUGUGGGAAAUGGGAAUACCCCGAGUAAACCAGCGGGUUCACUGCAACGUCUGUCGCUUUUACCCCGCUUGGAAACGAUUCUGGUUCGAUCCGGAAUUGAAUCUGGAAGGCUGCAGUGACGGUACUAAUUUCACAAGUGACAUCAUUACUUCAUUGAUCUGGGGAGCCGAAUGAAAAGAGUUCAUUUCAAUGGCUUGCUGCUGAUUAAUUACCUAAAUAUAGUUUGUUAGUUUCUAAUCCUAGAAGCAGUGAAUGAUAGUUACCCUCCCCAGUUAUUCUACAGCUAGCAGCUACAGUAUUAGUAGCUGAGAAGUUAAUUUAUUGUUUUCUGAUGGUACCUGAUGAAAAAUUGUAUUUUUGAAUGCUGAAUCAAUUUUAGAAGUUGGCUUGACUAGGAAAGUGUGCGUAGUUUUUUUACAGUUUGAGUAUAUCUGGUUUUUAUAAUGAAUGGUCGGUAUUGACUAUUUUGUAGCUUUCAUAAAAUAGUUUUCUGUGAUUUUUCUUAUCUUAAAAAUAUAUAAUAUAAAGGAGAAAAAAUUGUAACAUGUAUCAAUAAAAGAAAAAAAUAAUAAUUUUUUAAUAUGUGAACAUGUUGCAGUGUUUGCAGUUUUGUGUGAUUAUGUUUAGAUGCAACUGCAGGAGCCGUAGCAAUUUUGUAAAAUGUUAGCAUGAUAAAAUUACGAUUGUCUGUUUUGUGAACAAAAUUGUUUAUUUUUCUCACUGGGCAGUGCUAGAAGUAAUUAAUUUUAAUUAUGAUUGAUUCUUGUUUUAAUCACAAUACUAAAUAGGCUGUGUUUCUGGUACCAUAUAACGAUGUAACAAUUCAUGGGAUACUUUAAAAUGUAAUAUUUAUGAAGUCUGUGCAAAAUACAAAAAAAAAUUUGGAACGCUUCAGUGAGAUAGCGUGCGUUCAGUUUUUUUAUUUUUUAUUAAAAGAAUUGUGGUAUAAUAAAUCAUCAAAAAUGAACUUGCGUACAUGAUGUAAUACCCCUAGUGUCUUAAAGAAUAAUUAAAUAAUAAGGUUAAAAGAUUUGGAAGCUUUGAUUACUGAGGCCCUCAAUUAAUAACUAUAAAAGUCAACAACAGAGGCGACACUAGGAGUAAACAAAGAAAAUUUAGGGACUCCCUACAAAUACUUGGGAGUAAAAGGAUCGUCAUUAUAUAUUAAAUAAGUAAAAACAACUGUUACGUCUAUAGACUUCCUUAUUUUAUUAAUCAUUGUUCUUUUUUUUUGAUAGAUUAAAUUUUCCUUAGUAAAGUCUGUUUUUCAUUGAUAAGUGAUCUUAUUUACAUAACUCACAAUUACACUUAUUAUAUGAUAUUCCUUAACGUUAUUUACGAUAGAGCCGGCCCUUAAUGUAUAACAAAAAUUAAAAUAUUUAACAACAAGACUGAAAUUAACAUUGGUAACUUUAAAGUUUGUACAUAUAGUCCUUCCAAAACAUAAUAUAAAUUUCUUCUCCUCGAACUGCCUUUUACUGUCCGCUGUCUUAUCUGGGUUACACUAAUCUUGGGUUCGUGAAUAAAAAGAUAGAAUUAUGCGGGUAUCACCCGGGGCUGUAGGUAGACGGUGAUCAAGGUAGUAGGCCUAAUGAUGUUGGAUACUGCGCAGGAACCGACUCCAGAGGUUCUGGCAGAGGAUUUUGGUUGCCCCAAACUUGGAACCCUGUCUGAAACAACAGUCCAAAUUCCAAAGAAUUAGACCUGUUUCCAGACAGUAUACUUAAAUGGCGCAAAAGGCCAAUAGAGGGAAAUUAAAGGGGGGGGGAAUGACGUCAAGACUUACCAAAACAGGGUGUUGGUCCUGGCGCUCAGGAGAGGGCGUCUCGUCUCCGCAAACUCGAACCACGAUUCGCGGUAGCCACGGAAGUCAUCAUGAUUAAUUAAAAAAAAAUAAUUUAUAUAAAAAUACUAAGUUUCUCUACAUUCAACUAAACUACUGACUGGUUAAUAAUUUUAGCUAGGGACUCCAUCCCUUUAGUCUGAGAAGGCUACAUAAUAUACGAUGUCGAUGAUUCGCAGAAGAUCGCAGAUACAAACGGUACCAGUCAGUCCGGAGGCGCGCACCGAAGUAAGUUCAGAGCGGGAUCUCACCAGGAUAUCAUAAGCGCGGGGUCUCUAGAGAAUGGGAGGGGGGUAGGCUCUGAGCCGAAAAUUAUCGAGCCCACCCGAAGGUGUCCGGCAUAAAAAAAUUAGAUCUUACUGGAGUGACUGCGCGACUGAGGCGCUAUCUUUUGGUGGCGAGAGGAAGUACUAAUAAAUCAACUUGUGACCGACGAGAGUGUCAAGCUAGGGCGUAAUGGAGUAACCAGUGGUGCCACCUAGCGGCCUGAGACAUAAGGAGGGGAGAGAGGUUGUCGUUACCUCCGCGCGAGCGCGGUAGUGUCGGCGCUGCCGACGCCUCACCAGUGGCAUUAGUUACCACAGCCGUCGCUAGGUGUCGUUAAGGUGCAGAAUCGUAACUGCGGCUGUGAAGCCUGAGAUGGCCUUGAAUUCGGUUAACGCACUCGAGCGGUCGUCGCUCCUAGCCACUUCUGAGAAGAGAGGGUGGGUGAGCAGGCGGGGGGGUGGCUUCAAAAAACGCAUGGUCUGUGGGACACAAGGCCCACGGGAUCCUCCUGUCGUGUCUUGCUGCUAGUGAACCUUAUACCGAUUCGUGACAGAGUUAGCAGGGCUCAGCACUGCUUCACAAGCUGCUAUAGGCAAAAGAAGACCCGCGAAGAAAUAACGUUACCGGCUCCGACGUGCCUGGAGGCGGGAGAAAUAUUAGCCAGAAUGCUAGCCUAGCAUGAGGCUGGGAAAGAAAAUCAGCUCGCCUCUGAGAACAGAGGCUGAGGGCCUGGCCGUAAAGAAAAUAAGAUGAGAGAAAAAAAAUAAUAAUAUUUCCAAAAAUAUUUAAGAUUACAAAAUUUUUAAAUAAAACGUGCCUAAAUACCUAAUACACGGCACAAUGAUUUUUUUGUUCCUCGCAGUAGAAGACUUAAAAUUGGAAUUUGUUUGGUAUUGUAAUCUUAUGUACAGUUAAAGUUAAAAUUUAAAUUAAAUUUAAGAAUAUUCUGUUUGCUACUUAUCAUUACACUUGCAAGUCCUCAACCAGAGUAAAUUAUUGUUUGUUGUGUAAUGUUUUGUUGUUCGUAACGUCAUUAUACUGUGUUCCAACAUUUGAAGUAUUUUCAUAGUUUAUUGGUUGGUGUUGUUAGCAAAAAUUGUAAUGUUGGCGUAUACUUUUUUUCUUUUCUUUUUUACUGGAGGCCAUAUUACUUCUGUGUUAGUUACAGAACUUUUAUUUGAAUGAAAAUAGUAGGUAUUGUGUGUGUCAUUGGCAUAAUUCGUGACUAGCAAUGUAACUUCAGCGACUGGUGGUGUGCUGCAUGCUGCCAUGUUGGCACCACUUGCUUCAUGCCUCGAGCUGCUUUCUAUGAACUGUUGUGUGAACUACACGUAGACAAACCGGGGAUUACUGUGAAGCUGCUGCGACUAGUCACCGUCAUGACCAAUCAUCGGAACAGGCAGCCAUGGCAGUUGUCAGUCGCUGCUCGGCUGUGUGACAGGCAAUAGUACUUGGUAGCAUGGCUCUUUGCAGCUCUCUUGUUCGCUUCUGUUCCCAGUGUUUGCACACUUCCAAGCCAGAGAUUAAAGCUUUCAAUAAGUAAAAUUCAAAAUUGUGAAAAUGGCCUUAGAAUAAAUACCUCUUGAGGAGAAUGGAAUUUCCAUCCAAAGCUCUGCUCACUGUGCAAGUCUAUUAAUUUUGUAGCAGUUUUUUUAAACUUUUAUUUUAGCCUUUAGUGCUGGUCGAAAGAACGUUACCUGUCCCUGGUGUGUGUUUUGAGGACAGAAAAUGUAGAAGUGUUUAAUAACUGCUAACAAUCAUCUCUGCAGUUCGUGUACUCAAAGAUAUUCGCUAUUAAUGAAUAAUUUGAUCAUCAUUUCAAAUUGAAUUAUUGUUAGAAUUAUUUGCUACCUACACCUUGUCGGACAUAUUCACAAAAUAAAAUUAUUAAAAAAAAAUGUUACAUGUAUGAGGUUAAUAUGAUUUAUUGAAAAAUUUAGACUUGCACUGCAACAUUAUUCACACGUUGUUUUAUAUUCAACAAAUAAUCAAUGAUUAUGAUUUAAAAUUAUUAAUAAAUUUCUAUUUUAAGUAUGUAACCAGAUCAAUGAAACAACUUUCGAACUGAAAAAUUAUUAGUUUAAGAAACUGCACUGAUGGUUAUUUUUUUCUUUUAAAUUUUCUGUAUUUCUCACGUCGUCGUAAUGGUUCCAUGUAUUUUUAUUUGAUUGUAUGUUAACAUUUGAUUACAAAAAUAUUCAAUGGUAGUGAAUAUUGCGAUAUUCUAUUCAAAAUUCUAUUCAAAUCAAAAAUUAGUAUUCACAGAAGCCGAAGUGGAACUCACGUAAAAUAAAUACAGGUCCCCUUCGCAGGUACUGGAGUAGAAUCAUCAUGGUCUCCCGGAAAAGUGUCAGCUCAGCUACAUGUACUGUUAGCUUGGGCAGGAUAGGCUGACCAGUGAUGCAAAAAGAACCAGUUUUGAAAAUGUGUGCUAUACUCAUCCUGUAAACACAGCUAAUAUUAGUUUCUACACAAUAUUCAAUAAUUUAAGGUGGAAAUAUUUCAGGUUAAAAGCUCAUGAGUUUAAGUUUGCUUGUAGUGCUCACUCAAAAUUGCAAGUGUCGAGGCACUGAUUGGCGAAAUUGCAAAGUGCGUCUUGAAAUAAUGCUUAUGUGUUUCUUUUCUUUUUCAAUACCUACAUUUUCUUUCCCCGUGAUUAAUUGCUGAAAGGCUGUGAUAUAGGCGAGUGUGAAGUUGUGUAUUUGUGCACAAAUUGUACUCUGCAAUAUGUGUUGUGGUUAACACAUGUGUGUUUUUAAACAAGGAUCUGUGUACAGUUGGCUCUCUUUUAAUCUGGCGUUAUUUAGUUUGGCGCAGUCAGUAAUCUGACACUGAUCAAACUGCUCGUGUUUGAAUUAUUUUUGGUUGGUUCGAUCGUUUGUUGGUCUUGACACAAUGUGAUAUCAGAUACUUAUUUAAGUUGUUACACUCGUGUUUAUUUUUUCUUGCCAUAGGACAGCUUACUUCUAUAUACUUUUUUAAAUAUGAUUGUACAGUAGUGUCUUGAUUAACAGAGUUAAUGUGGACCGCGUCAGCUUUGAAUAUGCAAAAUCUCAGCUAGCACGGAUAUACAUAAUAAGAAAAUUGUCAUGGUUUUCAGCUGACCCAAUAUUAUCAUUUUCGGGGUGAUGUUUGUCCAGCUUUUCUUCAGUGUAGAUUCUUUCAUGUCACUCAAUGAUUUCCCUAACCAGUAAAUGGCUUCUUGAAGGUUAAUUUUCAUUAGGCUUCCCACAACAGUUGGAUUAUUUUUUAGGUCCUCAAGCAGAUGUUUCAACAGUCUUUACUGGUAAUACGGAUAAUACGGAACCUCAAUUAAUCGAAAGUAGAUUAAACAAGAUUUUGCUGUACUGCAUAUUAAAUUUUAUUUGGUAUUCCAUUUAAACUGUAUUGACUUAAUAAUCAGGGGAAAAAUUGCUAAUCCAGCAUAGCCGUGAUCCCGAAUGUGCUGGAUUAAAGGGCCUUUACUGUAAUAGUUAUCAUUUUUAUUUUACUUGUUGUUUUGAGAUGAUUACAUCACCUUUAUCCUGAAAUUGUAUGCUUAUAAAAAAUAUAUGUACCUACUUUGAAGCACCUGUAUUUCCUGUGAAUCAAUGAAGAAAAUUAGAAAAUCA